AUGUCAAAUCCUCUCGUGUUCAUCACUGGCGGAACUGGUUUCAUUGGCGCACAUACUGUUCGAGCCCUACUUGAAGCUGGACAUCAUGUACGUCUGAGUAUACGCAGGCCAGAGCAAGAUGCGAUUUCUUUCAAGCAUGCUCUAGCAGAAGCUGACCAUGUCAUCCAUCUCGCAACACCUAUGCCCGAUCGUUCCGGUACAGACUUCCGCAAGGACUUUGCCGAACCAGCAGUCAACGCAACUCUCGCAAUCCUCAAAGCUGCGUUGGAUUUUCCGCAGAUCAAAAAGGUGAUCGUCAUGUCCUCAAGUGUCGCACUGCUUCCUGUAUCUGUCUUAGCGAGGCCUGACUUGGAGUAUGAGGUGAAGGAUAAUACUGGCGAGGUCAUACCUCUCGACCUUGAUGAUGAGUUCCCUCCAGGCCUCAUGGGACAAGUCGUCAAACACUCUGCAUCUAAGAUCGUCGCUCAUCAAGCAACGCGUAAUUUUGUCAAGGAAAGGAAGCCUAAUUACACACUCAUCACCCUUCAUCCGUCCUACGUCAUGGGCCGUGACAUCACCCAGGAAACAGCAGAAGGCUUGGGUAGGAUUAAUGCUCUCCUAUGGCAGUCACUUGCCUCAGAGAAGCCGCUCAUUGGCACAUCUUGGGUGCAUGUCCAGGACGUUGCAGAUGCGCACGUCAAGGCCUUACAUGUGAAUGUCGAACAUGAGAAGGAGUUCCUCCUUUCAGACCCAUCCUUUCCAUGGGAAAACGCGAUAGAGUACAUCCGAAAGAAGUUCCCUGGCUUGGAGGUUAAACUAGUGCCUCCAUUUGAAGGAAAAUGGAAAGUCGACGUAACUGGUGCCGAAACUGUCCUAGGUCUUAAAUGGAGACCCAAAGAAUUGAUUCUUUAUGAGGUUAUCAGGCAGCAGCCUGUCCUUGGGAAUAAGUUGACGUAA